AUGGCAUCUGCUGCACAACAGGCAGCAAUGGAGGUGCCGUUGCCCACGCCCUUGACGGACUGGGCCGAUGAGUCCGAUGACUAUGAUGAGCAGUUGCAAGAGGACGUUUUCCUGGGCAAGGUAGAUCUUACUUCUCAGCUGGAGAUCAAGAACACCUUCUACAACCUACCUGUCAUGUCCUCCAUGACCUCCGAAGACGACACCGACAAUCCCUGGCAGUCUGCGCCCACUGUGAUGUGUGUCACUGCAUGGCGCACCAAGUGGCCCAACAUGGAAGCUGCACACAAUCGGGGCGAGUGCAAGCCCUGCGCAUACUUUUUGUACAAGCCAGAUGGAUGCCGCAACAGUGACGACUGCCCAUACUGCCAUCUCUGCCGCAAAGGCGAGAUCAAGAGGAGAAAGCGGAAGAAGAUCAAGGAGCUCAAGGUGUGCGAUUACAUCCAACAGAACAGGUUGUAUGACUUCGCCAAUCAGCUGCUGUACGAUCAUUUUGCAUCAGAGGAUGACGGGAUCAAAUUCUUGGACCGCAAUACUCUCUGGCUGGACGUAGUCUUGAAGCUCUUCUUCUUCGCUUCUGUCUGGCAGGCCGCCAUGGAUGCGCUCAUUCUUGUACAAGAAGGCAGCAAUCGUGUGGCGAGGGAAGCUCUCAUGCUUGGUCCAGACAGAUACGAGGAGCUUUACUUCUACUUCACGACUUUGGGCAAGGAUGUUUUCUUCCCUGGACUCGUGCAGGGCGGCGCGAUGGACACGUCCCAGCUCGAGGCUCUCGUUUCCAAAGAUUUGACGAUGCGUGGCCUCUCCAUGCUGGCAUUGCUGAUUCGGAUGUUCAUCACCACAGGAGGAAUGUAUCUAAACUUGAAGUCAUUGCCGCCGCGCCAUCCGCAAGAGCCACUCAAUCAGAUGAGAUAUUAUAUGGCCUACUUCGAGCUGAUUGCGCUGGGAUGGUUUUGGAGUGUUCUCGUCUACAGGUUGAUGAUGUGGACACAGACUCCCAACCUUUCAUACAUGGGCCUGAUUCUUGCCAAUGCUGCCGAAGACAUUGCGAGCUGGUCGUCCAUGCAGCUCCUCCGCAAUAUCUCGUUGUCCCGACUCUCCCAGCGCGUUACGCGGGUGACGGAGGAAUGCAAGCUGUUCUUUAACCCGAAGAUGCAGUACGUGAUGGCCCCGUUCGAGGCUCUCGGAUACAUAGCUGCAGGCCUCUUUGGCAUCGUUGUGCUCGCCAUCAAAACGACCCAAAUCGAGUUCGUCUCGAAGACUCUUGCUAAUGACUACUCAUUGCAACAGUGGUUCAGACUGAUUAGCUUCGCCAUGUCGAUGGUGUCGAUAUUCAAUCUGGACGAAGAGAGUCGGUUUGCGGUGCAAAGAUUUCUGCUGCAUCCGUUCGAAAAUAUCUGCACAGGAAGUCAGAUGCCUUCUCCGGUGUUCCUGGCUUGGGAGCAGAAGCUGGCUGCUGAGAUCUCAGCCAAGAAGGGCUUCUGGGCAGGCUUCGUCUUCAUGGCCACCUUGAAGGCUGACGACUACCAGAAGCUGCUUCUUCCCCGAAUGGAUGAGGAAGCACCGCCGAAGCUUCUGCAUGACCUGCUGACUGCCAACUUGCUGAGCAAAGAGCGUGGACGGCAAGCAGUUGAUUUGGGCAUGAGGGAGGCGGACGUGGAAGAGCUACAGAAGUGGGCGGCUAGCGAAACGUCGCCUGCAAAGUACUUCGCCUCACGCCCGCCGGACCACAUUCCACUCAUGCCACUCAGCAUCUAG